AUAUAUCAAUUCAGUCAAGUUUCAACAUCAGUCAUUGACAGAAGAUAACUCGAUUUUAAUUUUGAACAUUACUGAUUAAAAUUUGAUAUAAGAAUUAAUUUGACAUCAGACAAUAAAUUGCAAAUAUUAAAGCAAAAUACGUUAGCCAUUCAAAAAAAGUGUUUGCUAUAGGAUGAGCAUUGCAGUUUAACAUGGCUGAAGAAGUUUUACACCAAUUAAAUUUAAGUCCUGAAUUGCCUGCAGCUGUAAAAGAUGUUGCCAUCGCACAGGGAGAGAAUGAUGAUAUCAAAUGUGAGCUGGUUGAACAACUUCGAAAUUUAAUUUUUGAGAAAGGUGACUUUACCGCACAUCGGACAGAUGACGAAUACCUCAUUAAAUUUCUUCGAGCUAGGUAUUGGAAUGUGGAAUUGGCUUACAAAUUGCUCAGCAAUUAUUAUUCAUUUCGAAAUGCUAACAAAAAUCUCUACGAUGACGUUCGUUGUGUAGAUCUAAUGAGUCUUGCUGAACAGGAAAUUGUUACUGUCACUCCAUAUAGAGAAAAAAAUGGCAGACGUAUUAUGAUUUUACGCUUCGGAACUUGGGAUCCAAAUAAUAUGCCAAUUGAUGAUAUCCUAAGAUUGACAUUGAUAAUUCUUGAGCUGGGUUCAAUGGAACCUAUAUCGCAGAUAGGUGGAGGAAUUGGAAUAUUCGAUUUAAGUGGACUAACUAUAAAUCAGGCUCGUUAUUUAACUCCAAGUAUUGCACAAAAAAUAAUUGCAUUAAUUGUGACUUCCAGCCCUUUGAGAACAGCCGCAAUCCAUAUAGUAAAUCAAAGCUGGUUAUUUAGCACUAUAAUAAAGGUCUUCAAGCCAUUCCUGAAUGCAAGGAUGAGAGAAAAAUUAUUUGUUCAUGGCAAUGAUAUGAACUCACUUCAUGAACAUAUUAACCCGAAAUAUUUACCAAAAAGAUAUGGCGGUCUUCAGGAACAUUCCGUCUUUCCAUUAUCGCUGUGGACAGACUCCUUAAAAGCAGACGAAAAGGUUAGGUGGGAGCUAGAAACACUUGGAUACAAUGUUUCCGAAUGCUAAUGAACACUAAUUUACAUUAGAUGUAGGUUAGAUUAAGAAUUUAAACAUUUUUUGAAAAUAAAUAUGAUAUUUAAUUUGUA